AUUGAUACAUAUGAUAUUCGUUUUGGUGUUCUUAACUUUCAACCAUCAGCUCAUUUUUUUUUUCAAAAUUUUAUUGAAGAGAAAUGUUAUUUAGAUCGAUGUUGCGUUGUUGGUUCAUUACGACUACAACCUUCAUAAUCUUGGUUAAUGUAGAGGCAUGCGUGCCUAAAAAUUUUUCAGCCAUUUUUAUUUUCGGUGAUUCGCUAGUCGAUGUGGGCAACAAUAACUACAUCACAACUCUUUCCAAGGCCAAUUAUAAGCCGGUCGGGAUUGAUUUUGGGAAACCAACAGGACGGUUUACAAAUGGAAGAACUGUUGGUGACAUUUUAGGACAAUCCUUGGGCUUCAAAAGUUUCCCUCCACCGUACCUGGCUCCAAGCACCCGUGGUUCGGUGAUUCUGCAAGGUGUGAAUUAUGCAUCUGGAUCUAGUGGAAUCUUGGAUGCAACAGGAGCAAAUUAUAUUGGUAGAAUCGCUAUGGAUGCACAACUAAAAAACUUUGCAAAGACAAGACACGACAUAAUAUCAAGCAUUGGUGUUCCGGCAUCAGUUAAGUUGUUUGCAAAUGCUCUCUUCACGGUUACAACGGGUUCAAACGACUUCAUCAAUAACUACUUCCAACCAGGACUUUCAAAGCUGUUACGACCAGAAACAUUCAUCGGAACCAUGAUUUCCGCAUUUAGAAAGCAACUCACGAGUCUCUAUUACAUGGGUGCUAGGAAGAUUGUUGUAACAAAUAUUCCCCCAAUUGGAUGUUGCCCAUAUGAAAGGGAUCACAACCCAUUUUCUGGACGAGCAUGUGUAGCUUCUCCAAACAUUCUAGCACAACAAUACAAUCACCAGUUGAAACAAACUCUUAUAGAACUUACAACCGCGCUAAAAGGAUCAACAUUCAUUUAUGCGGAUGUGUAUGGUAUGGUUGAUGACAUAGUUCGAAACUACAAAUCAUACGGUUUUGAAAUCGCGGAUCGCGCAUGCUGCCACGUGCUUGGCUUACACGGUGGUAUGGUUCCAUGUUUGCAACAUACUAAGAUUUGUCAAGAUAGAUCAAAGUACGUUUUUUGGGAUUGGUUUCAUGUUACUGAAACAACCAAUCUUAUCAUUGCAAAACGUAUUUUGGAUGGAGAGAUUAAUGAUAUUUCCCCGAUUAACGUUCGAGCGCUCUCCCAAAUUUGAAACAAUACCUAGUUUUAGAUGGUUGUAUAAUUAGGAAUUAUGAACUAAUCUGUAUUAGAACCAUCCUUAUAAUAUUUGUAACUUCUUUUAAAUAGAGAAAUAAUAUUUGCUUGAUU